UUGAAUGACACAGUUGACAUUUUGUUGACGUUUCAUACAUCAUUUACGUACGAUGAAAAAUAUAAAUUGAAAAUAUAAUAAAAAGUGCACAACAUUACAAUCAACAUUAAACUUAACAAAACAGAAACGUAAAAAAGCAAAAACAAAAAUGGCGACAACUCGGGCACUAAAUCGGAAUGUCCCCUAUUUAAAGCAACAAUUCUCCGCCCUCUUGAAAAACACUUCACCCGUCAUUACGGUAAUAUGUGCAGUCACUACCUGUGGUUAUUUGCUCUCGUAUUCCAAGACAGCCGUCCAAAUACUCAGUGUUACUCCGGGCUACAUACUUCCCUCGGAAUUCUGGAUAUGGACAGCAUUUACCUUCUGCUUCAUAGAGCUGCAUUUCUAUGAAGUCCUUGUCGACGUUAUCACCGUUGGGCUAUGUGGCAAGAUGUUGGAACCUCUUUGGGGUCAGAUGGAAAUGUUUAAGUUCUUUGCAAUCACUAAUCUGGGGGUGGCAAUAUUGACAACUUUCUAUUAUUUGUUUGUCUAUAUGUGCACUAAGAAUGCUGAGAUCUUAUUCGAUGUUCACAUUCAUGGGUUGGCUGGAUAUGUGGCGGGAAUUUGUGUGGCAGUGCGACAGAUUAUGCCAGAUCAUUUGAUAUUCAAGACACGCUAUGGAAGGCUCACCAAUAGAAACGUUCCACUCACGGUUCUUACAUUUUCCCUUGUUGCUUGGCUGAUCAACAUCCUCGAGGGAACUUAUCCGGCGAUGUUCUGCUCUGGCCUGAUAGUCUCAUGGGUCUAUCUGAGAUUUUACCAAUGGCAUCCGAAUGGCCACGGUGAUAGCUCGGAAAGCUUCACAUUUGCUAGCUUUUUCCCAGGCGUCAUGCAGCCAUUCAUAGGUAUCUUAGUGAAUCCAAUGUAUCUCUGCUGUUUGAAAAUGGGAGUGGUUAAGCCUCCAGCUCCACCCCGCACUGUUUCAACUUCGAGUCUGUCGUCAAUAUCGAUUUCAAUGCCUGGUGUUGACCCACAUGACAUCGAAAGGAGAAGAUUGAUUGCUUUAAAGGCUUUGAGUGAACGUUUGAAAUCAUCCGAAUCGGGUCGUCAGAAUUCGUCUUUGCCAAAAUCUUUUCCCCAGCCACCAGGUAGUGGUAGUGGAGGUGGAGGAGGAAAGCAUCAUCAUGGACAUGGUCAUGGCCAUUCCCACUCACAUCACUCAUCCUCUGCUGGACACAGUCAUUCCGGUGGACAUUCUCACGGAGGCGCUGGUCAUUCGCAUCAACAUCAUCAUCAUGGCACCGAUAGCAAUACCCCAGCAUUUUACCAACCGCCACAGCACAAGCAGCCGGCUGCUCCUGUGAAUCCCGCGCCACCACUUGCAACACCUGCAUCAUAUUCAAAUGCCGUAGCAAUCCCUAAACCAGAAGCAAUUGCCCUUUUGAAUGCUGGUUUAAUGGCGAUUCCAAUGCCAGCACCACCUCCGCCUCCUUCCGAUAAUGAAACGCUUAUAAGUAUAGACGAUGGAAAUGCAACGUCAUCACCAUCGAAAUAAAUUUACGAUCAAACGAUUAAGUGUUUUUUUUUAAUAAUGCGUCUCAUUAUUCUAUUUACCGUUAGAUUUAUCACUUAUAUCAAUAUUAUCCUAUUUUGAUGUUUUUCUUUUUAAUAUCUUGGUACGAAAUUGUCUACCACAAGAGUUUAAUUAUUAUACAAAAAGAAAAUAGCUAGAAAAUAUGAUAUUUCAAUGAUUUAUUACAAACAUUUUUAAACAACCACAACAAAAAUAAAAUAGUAAUUUAUGCAACAAAAAAGAAAAGAAAAACAUUAUUUUCCGAAAAUCCAUUUUGUGUAAUGUAAAUAUAUUAAAAUUAAAGAAGUCAAAAGACAAAAGUGUGUAAAAUGUUGCUUUGAAUUAGAAUUUAAACAAGACAAACUACUGUUGGUAUUCUAAAUAAAUAAAAUUAUUUUAUUGGAAAAACAAACAAAAACAUUAA